AUUAGUUAAAUAAAUAUCUACUAACGCACUCGGCAUAAAAUAAUUUGUUGAUUUAUCUGCCGAAAUAGUUUAACUACGGGAACAAAAGCAAUUUCCAGCCACCGAAUCACACACACACACUUGGUUAUCAUUCAUUUAUAUUGAUCGGCAGAUUACAUUCACCAGCAAGGUUGUGGAGUUUAGUGUGACAAAAACGGUUUAGCUGUAAGAAGCAUUUUCAUAACGUUUAUAGUGUUUAUAGAUUAUUUCUGAAAUUAAUUGGACAUUUCAUUAAAUGACACAUAUCGUCUCGAGGAAUUUGUGUUAAAUUAUAUUUACAUAAAACUCUUUGAAAAAGGAAAGAAAAAAAUUUAAAAAUCCAUAAUAAUAUCAAAUAUUAUAUGCUGUGGAAUAUUGGGUUUUUUUCUGAAAAGUUUGUUGAGUUUGAAAUGAUUAGGAAUAUCUACAUGUUUUAGUAAAAAAUAAAAUGGGUUGUCGUCAAACGAAACCGGACAGUAGUGAACAAGGAUCGCCAGUUCAUUUGGAUUUGCUGAACGAAGGCAAUGGGGUCCCUCAUGUUGACCCCCGUUUACCCUUAAAUGCAAGACAAGUGUUUAAAUUAAAGCAGUCAUGGAAAGGAAUAAAGCGAAACAUAGAAGAAACAGGGGUGGAAAUGUUUAUCAGAUUGUUCAAAAACAAUAGCUAUUUAAUCAAAAUUUUCAAAGAUUUCAAGCAGCUAGAAACUGAGGAUGAGAUGAGAGAAAAUGAAGAAUUAGAAAAACACGCUACAUUUGUUAUGUCCACUUUAGACGAAACGAUUACAAACAUUGAUAAUUUUGAUUAUAUAAAGGAUCUGGCUCAUAGGACAGGGAAUUCACAUCAACGAUUUUCAGAUUUUCAAAAAGAGAAUUUUAAGAAAAUAAAACAGCCAUUCCUUGAGGCAGUAAAGAUAACGUUGGGAGAUAGAUAUACAGACUACAUGGCAACUGUAUAUACUAUUACCAUCGAUUUUGUUCUAGACAGCCUUGUAGAAGGAUACACGGAUGACACGUCUCUGCAAAUUAAACUAGACAAUGGUCAGGAAAUAGAAGUGAAAGAAAACGAUAGGUCUUUGGUAAAAGCAGCAGAAAGCUAAUGGUUCUAAUCUGCUCAAGGUUUUUUUUUCAGGAAAAAAGCCUCAGAUUAUGCAUAAAGGAGAUGUAAAAGAAAUGCCUUAUUUAAAUUGUGUAAAUAAUUGAGGUAAAUGUACAGAUAAUUUAUAUCCGUUGGAUGUGAUUUAAGCAAUAAAUUAUAAACACAUUAUAUAUAGUGCUGUAAGAUAUUUGUCAUUAUUUAUGUAUUUCACCGCAUACAAUUGUACGGUCUACUAUAUCACUUUUAAAAAUUGUAUUAGAAAAGCUCUUUACUCUAAAAAGUACGGGAACAUAAUAGAUGAAUUAUACAGGAUUUAAAAUAUUGUGUUGUAUCUGUAAAUACACGGGAAAUAUCAUAACAAAAUUUGCCUUUUCCCUGUAAUAUGAUAAGCUGUAUUUCAAUUUGUUAUCCACGAUUCAGUUUUGACUCCGCUGGAAAACAUUUCACGAAGAGGAGUUCUACGAAUGUUUAAAAGAUUUUCUAAGAUUUGUUUAAGCUAGAUUGUGAUGUCUUUCACUCAUUUCAAUAUGAUAGAUAGAUUGUCAUAACACAUAUAUGUUUAAUUAACUUUUCAUUGUGUAGUUUUUAUUGAAUAACACUUUCAUCAUUAUUUUGCAUGACUGCAUCAUGAUAAAAUCUUUUUGAGGUACAAAAUGUAUAUGAUAUCAAAUGUAAUAAUGCUCACCUAAUUUAUCGCAUACUUAAAUAAUAAUAUCGAUUGAUGAA